AUGACCUCCAUCAUCGACGGAGCGACCCCCGCGCCUAAGCAGAUCCGCUUCGUCCACAACCAAGGCCAGCCACCAUCUAAGAGACGCAGAAUCAACGCCGCAUGCUUGACCUGUCGCAAACGAAAGACGAGAUGCGCCGGCGAGCGCCCAGUCUGCUCGACCUGCUCCAAGAACGGGCAUACUUGCUUGGGCUACAACGAAGUCAUUGAGAAGAAAUCUUCGGGUGGCGCCAUCGCCACCCGGGACCCCCACCAUGACGACUACAACGACAACGACAACGACAACGAGGAAGCCGAGGACGAGCACGACAAUGAUGAACCCGACCAACAUAUCCGCGCUCGCGAUGGAGAAGAAUAUCACGACGAGAAGCGAUACGGCAAGGGGAACAGAAAUGCUCCUCGCUCCUUCCUGUCCAACUCAAAGCCAGACGAUGCUUCAAGGAGGGGUUCUGAUGCCGCACCCGGUCGCUCGCCCACCUUUCUGCGACGGUCCUCAGAACACAGCGCUCGCGACCAAGAUCAACCUUCGCGACACCGACGCCCCUCUUAUCCUCGGACGACGUCUUUCUCGGACGACGCUCGCAGUCUACAUAGCCGCUCCCCCGGCUCGCAUCACACCGAGCGUCACAGGGUGCCAUACUUCCGCUACUUUGGGCCUACGGCCAUUGUCCCAGGUUAUAAGCAGAUGGUCGUCUCCGUUCGGGACCGGAGACGGAGUACAGGAGGCUCGGUCGUUGCUACAUCGCCAAGCUCAGGUUCCAGUGUGAUCCAACCCAUGGGCAUGGCCUUGUCGGGCAUGCCUCCGCACGACGAGGAGGUUGCUUCCAAUGAGGACCUGCCCGUAUACGACCCCAACGAUAUUGCGCCGGUCCAUCCCCUGAUUCUCCACCUGGUCAAGACGUUUUUUCUACACCUGGGCUGCAACUACCCCUUUUUGAAAGAGGAAAGGUUCGUUCGCAUGGUCAAGGAAAAGAGGGUUGAACCAAUUCUCGUCGAUGCCGUCUGUGCAUUGUCCGCUCGGUUUUCCGACUCGGCACAACUUGGGCAUAACAACAAAGACGAGGAGGCCUCGCACGCAGAGCAAGGCCAUCACUACGCCCAAAGAGCCAAGGCUGCGACUGUCGACACUUUUCCCUGUCCGUCCGUCGGCGCAGUCCAAGCGCUUCUCAUGAUGGCGUACGAAGGUUUCGGCGCAGACCAAGACAGCGCUCUGUGGAUGUACCUGGGUCUUGCUAUCCGCAUGGCCGUGGACCUCGGCUUGCAAAAGAUGGUGGGUGUAAGGUACCAAGGCGAAAGAGACCCUUGGUACACCCGUCAUGGUGGCCAAACAGACAGUGAUGCCGGAGCAGACGAAGAGCCGCAAGAAGACGAAAGCAGUCUUACCCGCGAGGAGCAGCUCGAAGUUGAACAGGAGCGCACCGAUACCUUCUGGGCCGUUUUCAUCCUCGACAGAGUCAUUUCAUCUGGCACUGGCAGACCCGUGACCAUACGUGACGAUGAUUUUGAACUGGCUCUGCCGGAGCCAACGCUCGAUCCGGCUUCCGGAUGGCCCGCCCCUUUCCCCGUCUUUAUCCAGAUCAUCCACCUGUAUGGCCGCGUUUCGGACGUCUUGAACAAUAUCCGCAACGCCAAGGACAUCACGCCGGACAAAUGGGCCAGGCUGGCCCGUAUGGAGCACGAGUUGACCAGGCUUUAUCAAAAGCAGGAUCCCCGGCUUCACUUCAGCGUUUCCAACUUCAAAACGUACCUGAAGUUGGGCCAAGGGACGAAUUUCAUCCUCCUGCACUUUUGGUUCCACGCCCUCAUUAUCAUACUGCACCAACCCACUCUCUUGACCCCCUUUGGCUCGCUGAGCCGCACUCAUCAACUGCUCCCCAACAGCCGUGAGCUGUCCAUGUCCAGCGCCAAAACCAUCGCUGACAUCCUGGCGUUCGCUGAGCUCAUCGAUCCAAAGAGCUUCAUCGGCAACCCCUUCACGUCCCAGCCCAUGUAUAUCGCCGCCUGCGCCUUUCUCAUGGAAUCUAUAGCCAAUGCCUCCAACCCUACCUCGCGAGAGACGUCCCCCCCAGUGGCGGAGCUCAAGACGGAAGGCCAGAAGCAGAAGCCGUCGUCGCAUGAACACAGGGCAUCCACAAAACACUCUCUCCUGGCUUCGGCCGCCAACCAGAACUACUCCCGUUGCUACAAGUCACUGCAACAACUGCACAAGUACUGGGGCGGCGUCAAGUACAUCCUCACGGCACUUGACCAGAAGUCCAAGGGCAUCUGGGAUUGCGAGACAUACACCAACGAGGAAUACGAGAGCACGAGGCUGCCUCGCCGUGGCUCCAUCAGCGGCCGAUUCCCGUACCCCGCCUCGCCCAACAUGCCGCCCAUUGCAUGGUCCUUGACCGGCACGACGAACUCGCCCAACUCGAGCCUUACGCUCAUGUAUCAGAACAUGCAUGCCGGUGCAUCUGGUCAUCCCAACUUUGCACAGUCGCAGACAUCCAACGUUGCCGCUUCUGCACCUACUCCUCCUGGGAACAUGAUCUACGACCCUAUCCGACAGAGCCUGCCUGAGACGGCAUCUCAGUCCAUCUUUGCCACCGCCUAUCCGCAGCCAGUAACAUCUGCCAUGCGUCAGUCGACUCGGCAGUACCGACACCAGCGCCUGUCAACAACAUCGAUGGACAGCCCGCACGGGCAAGGGAGAGCCCAUCAGCGGUUUGAUAGCAUCCACGAGGAGGGAACAUCGUCUCCCGUAGGAAAUGCCGGCUCGAUGCUCGCGACGUCUUCUGCCGCACAACAAACGCCAUCAUUCACGCCUUCAUCUCACAGCUCGACGAAUUUUGAGCAUCACAUGAUGCCCUCCGCAUCUCCGUCUGGCACCAUGCAUGAUGCGACAUCGCAACAACACCACAACGGACAGCAAAUCUCGUUCGACCCAACAUAUGCAAACGCAACAUACUCGUACCUCGGCCAAGGCAUGGGCCCCAUCACAGACGUCAUCACCUUUGAGAACCCGAUUGAUAUUGGUGCGCUGGGUCUGCCGAACGAGAUGAUGCCGCCGUGGUUGGAGUACCUGCCUGGUGAUGUCCUGAGCCUAUUUGAGAACAACGGUAUGGAUCCAGGCUCUUGA